AUCGUAUUAAACGUUGACCAUUGAGUAAUCGCAAUUAUUAUAUCGGUUGAUUUAAGUGAUUUUAGGCAAUUGUGAAACGUUACAGUAAACAACGGAUUGUGGAUACAAAUAUCUGUGACAGUGGCUUGUUGCAACAAUAAUUAGAAAAUUCCAUUUCAACAUUGAGUUUCCAACAACAUCAACAAUUCUACGACGUCAUUCAAAAUGUUCGAAGCAAACACCGUGCACUAAUUUACACGGAAUAAAUGCAUUGUCUCAGCGGUUUCAUUUCGUUCACUUAUCACCAAUUAAGACAACACCACAAAACGAUGAGGUCACAGGAGCCGAGAGACCAUUUCACCACACCGAUUCGUGUCGACUCAACGGAUUCAGGAGAUAUUCGACGCCAACAACCGUCCUACAUGCUGUACAACCGUGACACGUAUCAAAUGUCCCCGCUGCUUUUUGAAUCAGACACUGAAGAUACGUCACAAUCUACCGAGUUCAAGUGUUACCAAGAUCCUGCCGAUACGGCCCAGCUAAAUACAAACGAUCGACAAAUGUUGCUGUCAACGUUAAGCAAUUUACGGAACGAAUUCACUAGUCCAUUAGACGCAUCAUCCCAACAUAAUCAAUGCUGUUCGGAGACGCUGUUGAGCAGUUCGCAUCAUAGAACCGUAAUCGAAACCAAUACAAACAGUGCGUACAUUUCACCGUCUCCGCGGGUGACCAGAUCGAAAUUGUGGAAAUCGAAAAUAUUGACGCGGUCAGCGAAACGACUGCACAAAAUCAGUGAGCUGAAUGAGUACAGUUCGGGUCCGAGAAGCUGUCGGAAGGCGAAAACGAAAAGGGAUUCGCGAAAGGAGACGAGGACGUCAUCUGAUGGUAAAGACACAGCGUCUAAGGCUACCGACAAAAGACACCAAGAGGAAUCGUUGAUCGAAUCGAUACAAAAAUCCAAAGUUAGCGUUGUGCUUGAGCGCCUGAAAUUUCCGUUCUUUCAAAAUCCACACCAAGUCAAUGGAAAGUUCGCCCAGCCCAACAUUGUGCCAAAUAUCGUUGUGGAUAAUGAAGAGGACGACGGGUUGGAAUUUUUAAACCGUCGACCAUCCAGCGAUGUGCAAUUGAUCAGCGAACCACCAGCCAUUAUUUCAAUUUCGUCCGAAUCGACUGUACGAAAUGUGUCGACAACUCCUCGCGCAUCGCCGGAUUUAUUUGAGAAUUGCGACAGUUCGUCUGCAUCUAAUUUGUGCUCACAAAAUUCUAUAGACAUACCGAAUGGUCAGAUUGCCAUGCGUAGUAGUGCAGAACUGAUAAAUAGUGCGACGAGUACACCAAAUAAUCAACAAACCUAUACUCUAGUGCAAUCGAUUUUCGAUCAGUUUGACGAAGACCGCGUUUCAUCGGACGUGAAUACGGCAAGACAAAAACUUAUAGCGACAAACGAAGACGCUAGUUCGGUUCCGCCACCCACCUUUGAAAUAACUGUGAACGAAGUGUUUGACAAUGUGAUCUACUUAACCGAUUCGGAAGAGACCCUCACUCCAGAAAUUGUGAGCCGCGUCGAACCGCCAAUCGUUAGUGAUAAUGUGUUGAGUGUAACGAAAUGUGCAUCGUCACAAGAGGUAACGCCAAAGAAACGGCCCGAAAUACGCGAUUUACUGAACCGAUCGGUGGCAGGAAGUUCAACAAGUGUGUCGACAUCAUUUAGUCGUAGCAAAUGGCUAAGCAAGCCGAGAUCCAGUGGUGGUGGUGAUAUGUCAAGCCGAACGCCGCAACGUUGUCGUCGACUGGAUCGAUGCUUUGACAGUGAUCGUGACAGCAAGCCGAAGCAGUCGGGGUAUGUCGUUAGUCAAAAUAGAUUUUCAAAUAUUUUAUUGGCGUCGUCUGAAGACGACGAGUGUUAAGUUUAAGUUUAUUUUGUUGUGAGACGUUCUGAAAGUUGUUCAUCAAUAAUUA